GUAGUCGUCAAGACCCGCGGGACCUGCAGGAGCAGAAGCUCGGUGCUGCCUGCCUCUCCUGCCUUCAUUUCCCAUCGUGCUGAGGUGGGUGGCAUGGCGGAGAAGGAUGACACCGGAGUUUGACGAAGAGGUAGUUUUUGAGAAUUCUCCACUUUACCAGUACCUACAGGAUUUGGGACAUACAGAUUUUGAAAUAUGUUCUUCUUUGCCAGCAAAACCAGAAAAAUGUACAACAGAGGAACAACAAAAGCCUCCUACAAGAGUCCUUCCAAAAGAAUCCUGUUAAAACUUGCAGAAGCCAUCAAAGGUUGGAUUUUUUUUUCUCAGUGCAAUAAGAAGGAUGAGUUACUUCACAAGUUGGAUACUGGAUUCCGACUUGACUCACUGCGUACCAUCCUGCAACAGGAAGUCCUGUUACAAGAGGAUGUGGAGCUAAUUGAGCUACUUGAUCCCAGUAUCCUGUCUGCAGGGCAGCCUCAACAACAGGAAAAUGGACACCUUCCAACACUCUGCUCCCUGGCAACCCCUAAUAUUUGGGAUGUCUCAGUGCUAUUUGCCUUCAUUAGUGUACUCAUUAUGUCUCCCACUUGGUGGAUUGUGUCUUCCCGGAUGGUAUGGGGAGUGGUUCUGUUUUUUUAUUUGAUUAUACGAGCUUUGAAAUUAUGGAGGAUAGCCAAAUUGCAAGUGACGCUGAAAAAAUACAAUGUCCGUUUGGAAGACAUGGCAGCAAAUAGCCGAGCGUUUACUAACCUUGUGAGAAAAGCUUUACGUCUCAUCCAAGAAACUGAAGUCAUUUCCAGAGGAUUUACACUUUUGCUUGACAGGGUCAGUGCUGCUUGCUCAUUUAAUAAAGCUGGACAGCAUCCCAGUCAGCAUCUCAUCGGUCUUCGGAAGGCUGUCUACAGAACUGUAAGAGCCAACUUUCAAGCAGCAAGGCUAGCUACCCUAUAUAUGCUGAAAAACUACCCCCUGAACUCUGAGAGUGACAAUGUUACCAACUACAUCUGUGUGGUGCCUUUUAAGGAGCUGGGCCUUGGCCUUAGUGAAGAGCAGAUUUCAGAAGAGGAAGCACAUAACCUUACAGAUGGCUUCAGCCUACCUGCAUUGAAGGUUUUGUUCCAACUUUGGGUGGCACAGAGUUCAGAAUUCUUCCGACGGUUAGCCCUGUUACUUUCUACAUCCAGUUCACCUUCACGGCCCUUGCUUACUCCAGCACUUUUGCCUCAUAGUAUUUUAUCUGAUGUGACUCAAGGUCUACCUCAUGCUCAUUCUGCCUGUUUGGAAGAGCUGAAGCGCAGCUAUGAGUUCUAUCGGUACUUUGAAACUCAGCACCAAUCAGCCCCCCAGCGUCUAUCCAAAACUCAGCCCAAGUCAAGAGAACUGAAUAACAUUCACACAGCAGUACGCAGCUUGCAGCUCCAUCUGAAAGCAUUACUGAAUGAGGUAAUAAUUCUUGAAGAUGAACUUGAAAAGCUUGUUUGUACUAAAGAAACCCAGGAACUAGUAUCAGAGGCUUAUCAAGUACUAGAACAGAAAUUAAAGUUGAUUGAGCCCCAUGUUCAAGCAAGCAACAGUUGCUGGGAGGAGGCCAUUUCUCAGGUGGACAAACUGCUGCGAAGAAACACAGAUAAAAAAGGCAAGCCUGAAAUAGCAUGUGAAAAUCCACAUUGUACUGUAGUACCUUUGAUGCAGCCUACUCUACACAUUGCAGACAAAGAUCCAAUCCCUGAGGAGCAGGAAUUAGAAGCUUAUGUAGAUGAUAUAGAUAUAGACAAUGAUUUCAGAAAGGAUGAUUUUUAUUACCUAUCUCAAGAAGACAAAGAGAGACAAAAGCGUGAGCAGGAAGAAUCCAAGAGGGUGCUGCAAGAAUUAAAAACUGUGCUGGGAUUUAAAGCUUCAGAGGCAGAAAGGCAGAAAUGGAAGCAGCUUCUGUUUAGUGAUCAUGCUGUGUUGAAAUCCUUGUCUCCUGUAGACCCAGUGGAACCCAUAAGUAAUUCAGAACCAUCCAGUAAUUCAGAUAUGGGAAAAGUCAGUAAAAAUAAUGAAGAGGAAAAUAGUAAACCUACCACAACUGACAAUGAAAUAAGUAGGACUGAGUAUUUAUGUGAGGACUCUCUAGAGGGUGAAAGUAAAGACAAUUCAGCAAAUGACUUCUUUCUUCGAGGAUCUAAAGAAAGAAUGUACUACCAGUGUGAGAGUGAGGAUGAAGCUCAGCAAGCCACUAGUAUUGGUCUGGCCACUGCCACUCCAGCUCCCAGGGACUCAUUACAACCCUCCAUUAAGCAGAGGCUGGCACGACUACGACUGUCACCAGAAUUUACCUUUACUGCUGGCCUUGCUGCGGAAGUGGCUGCUAGAUCUCUCUCCUUCACCACCAUCCAAGAACAGACUUUUGGUGAUGAAGAGGAAGAACAAAUAAUUGAAGAAGAUGAAAAUGAUGUAGAAGAAAUGUGAGAACCAAGGUGAAAUGAUUUUAGAUUGUUCCUUUUACAAACGUUUUAGCUUCAAGAUUGGAAAGGGAAAAUGAGUAUAAGUAUACUAUAUGUAAAGCUAAGAUGUGAAUUUACCGGAAGAACCCUGGUUUGAACAACUGAUCUCAAAUUGGUAGUUACCUGUAAAUGGCAGAUCUUUUAGGAAAAUAGGAGAAAGGUAAGGGCUCUUUUGAAUAAACUGCUGUUUCAUUUGUGGCACAACUGAUAAUCUUGAAAAUUCUUCAAGUACUUUUAAUAAGAAGUGAAUUUAUCAUUUCUUGCCAGAAUUUGCUACCAUAAGUUGACUAGGACAAUUCUCUUGCAAGAACAUUAACAUUUAGUAUGACUCCUUUUUACUGUAUCCUUGCAGUUAAUAACUGCAGCUAUUAUGUUAAUAACAACUUGUUUGUAUUUUUUGUUUAUACCAGUCUUAAAGAUACAGGUUCUGAAUAAAAAAAACUUAAUUCAUACAAUUGAUGUGUGCUGAGGUUUGCAACUUUAAAAGUUUCAAAAGUAUUUGAGUUAUGACACAUCUUAUGUUUUUUGUGCAUGUAUGUGUUCAGUAGUUAAUUUUAAGAUGUCCUGCAAUCCUUAAAAGAAAAACUCUGUACCAUUUUAAGAAAUGCCGUUUGAUUUUUUUCCUUCCUGUUGCAACUAAAAUAGACGAUAUCAAAGUGGGAUCCCAUAUUCAUAGACCCCACCCCCAACUUAGCAGAAAGCUCAUGGUGUCAGUUUGCCAGGAGAUAAUUGUGUGUCCUUGCCACAAGCAGGUCACAAUGCUGCUCUUUUCUAGCCCUGCCACUUUAAUGAUACUCAGGAAACCUGUCACCUUCUUGGAAAGCACCCUUGUCUCCUUAGUAUUUCAUUUAUGAACUACCUCUUAAAAGAGACUGCUUUCCAAAUUGACCCAUCUCAUUUGUUUUGUGUUGUGAUUGCAUUAUCAAAGAGUGAUGUUUUCAGAAGUAUACUAUUUUUGAAACCUGUAGCUCCUGUGCACUAACUUAAUUUAUAGACAUUCUGGGGGAGAAAUGUAGUUAUAACUUAAUUUAUGCUGCUGUCCCGAAAAGGAUAUUACACAAUGAAUCUAGGUUGUCUUUUAAGUUAAGAAAUACAUUCAAAAUCCUGUAACUUACUUUUAGUGGGUAAAUUUACUCAUACCAAAAAAGUUUUUUUUAAUAACUCUUUUUCAAUCCUGAGGAAAAACUUCUGCUUUAUAUGAGUAGUAGAGAUCCUUUGUACCAUAAGUGACUUUGCCUUUUGCCAGAAUUCUGGGACUUAAUUAACAUGUUAGGAGCGAUAUCAUAGGUUGAACCUAGUUAGAAAUAGCUAAAUUUCAAGAAAAAGAAUUUUCUGGUUUUGUAACUGGCUUCUGUCUUCUUAACAAAUAUUUGGGGUUUGUUUUCUUAUUUAAAUGACUUAGUUUUCCUGCUCCAUUUUUCCUUGGAUUUAGAAGCAGUUACAUAAAAAUUUGGGAGUCUUUCUCUUAACCUAUGACCUUACACAGGAAGAAUUAAGAGUUUAAUAAUUUUCAAUUCUUUCAUUUUGUUUCUAGUACACCAAUUUGGGAGACAUGUCAUCAUAAUAUUUUAUCAGUUUUAUUCAGUGCUCUCUGAGCUGAUACUUUUUUAACUCUGCAAGAUAAAUUAUUUAGAUCAAGAAUUCCCAUCUUCCAGUGUGAUCUGUUUUAUUUCACUAGUUCAUGAAAACUUUGCUGUUGAAAUCAUAGUAUAAAAAUGUUGGAACUUUUAACUGAAUGUUCUUUUUGUGUGUUUUUGAAAUUUCUUUCAUCUUUUAAAAUAUUUCCAAGAUAUAAUACUAUCUUCUCUAUGAAAAUUCCUUGAUUAACUUUUUCUCAUUAUAUGUCAGUGUUCAUCAGUUGUUUCAGUGAAUACCUAGAUCAGAAUAAGCCAGAAAUCUUAUUUUUUUAGGCCAUACUCACUGUAAUUCUUAGUAAUUUUGGAUUGGACCUAGGUAAUGUAUAUGACCAAUAAAAUUUAAGA